CUCUUUCUCUCACAAACUUCAACGCUCCACCAUACGUUUCACAUAUCUCUUUCUCUCACAAACUUCCUUUCUUUUCUUCAUGAUCUGUUGUGGUCAAGGAAGAUAAGUGAAGUGAAGUCUACUGACUACAACCGCUGGAACUUCAGGAACUUGUAUAAAGAGAAGCAAAAUGGGAAUCUCACGGAAGUCAGAAUCUGUUGACCAAAUUGAGCGCAGAGCAUUUGAUGACACAAAAGCUGGCGUCAAGGGGCUCGUUGAUGCAGGAGUCACCAAGAUUCCUCCUUUGUUUCAUCAUCCUCUUGAUCAAUCUGAACAACCUUCGAAGUUGGGAGACACGAAGCACGUUAUUCCUGUUUUAGACCUCACCGAUGCUGAUAAAGGGCCCAGCGAGCGCCAAGAAAUAGUUGAAAGAGUUAGGGAAGCUUCUGAGACGUGGGGCUUCUUUCAGGUGGUCAAUCAUGGUAUUCCUCUGCAUGUUCUCGAUGAGAUUAUAGAUGGAGUGCGAAGGUUUCAUGAGCAAGAUUUGGAGGUCAAAAAGGAACUAUACACGCGUGAUCAAAAGAAACCUUUUGUGUAUAAUAGCAACUUUGAUCUUUACAGUUCACCAGCUUUGAAUUGGAGGGAUACUUUUCUGUAUUGCAUUGCUCCUAAUCCUCCAAAACCAGAAGAGUUGCCGGAAAUAUGCAGAGAUAUAUUACUAGAAUAUGGAAAACACAUUAUGAAAUUGGGAACAUUGUUGUUUGAGUUAUUAUCAGAAGCUCUCGGCCUAAACCCAAAUCACUUGAAAGACUUGGGCUGCGCUGAGGGGCUUUUAGGUCUUGGCCAUUACUACCCCGCUUGUCCUGAACCAGACCUCACGUUGGGAACCACUAAGCACUCCGAUAAUGACUUUCUCACAGUGCUUCUUCAAGACCGCAUAGGUGGCCUUCAGGUUCUUUACGAGAACACAUGGAUUGAUAUCGCACCAGUACCUGGAGCUCUAGUAGUUAACAUUGGUGACCUUUUGCAGCUUAUAACAAAUGACAAGUUUAAGAGUGUAGAACACAGAGUAUUGGCCAAUCUUGAGGGUCCAAGAAUAUCUGUGGCUAGCUUUUUUAGAGAUGGUUUGAAGGCAUCAACAAAGCCACUUGGACCUAUGAAGGAACUGUUAUCCGAAGAUAACCCUCCGAAAUAUAGGGAAACCACUGUGGCAGAGUACGUAGCAUACUUCCAAGCAAAAGGAUUGGAUGGGACUUCUGCUCUUCUUCAUUUCAGGAUUUGAGUUUUGGAAUGCGAAUAGAUCAAAUUGGUAUAUCAUAAAUUGAUAAAUUAUUGAACUUAGAUAAAAAAUAAAAAAAAAGUCGUUGAACUUGAUGUUGGUGGCUUUGGUGUUUAUUAAGUCAGUAUUGAUGUUAAGUAAUGAGAAUGAAAAAAUACACGGGGUCAUUAUCAAUGAACAAAGUACAAGAACAUUUUUAGGGUU